AAAUCCGAACUUUUGCACUCAGCAAAUUUGAUAGCAUCUCCGUGUACCAAGAUCGCACGAAACGUGAUCUGACGAAUCCGGCAUUUUUCUUAAAGAGAUACUAUUCCAACACAAACAUAUCUACAAGUCAAACGAAUGGCGUUCUUUUUGUACUUUACGUAUAUUUUGUCAAGUUUUUUGGCUGGAAUAUUUGUCUAUUACUUCAUAAAUCGAUCGAAGAAAAGUUCUUCAACAUUAGGCAGGUGUUCUUCGUCAGAUAUUUACACAAGCAUUAAAAAAUUAUUGCCUUUGGACCAAAAUUAUUGGAAUUUAAAGUAUGUGGAAGAUGGAUUAAGAGUUUGGCAAAGUUGUUAUUACAACAAUUGUUUUGCAACAUCUGCGAUGCUCCCUGCUUCUUUGAAGACUGCAAAGGACAUUUUAACUGAACCUUCGUUAAUCAAUGAGUGGAAUAUAAAGAUUAAGUUUAUAUCAAGAACAGACAUUUCUAGUGGUGGGGCGAGUAGCAGUACUGAUGUCAUUUCAGUGACUGAAUCAUUGCAAGGUUUUAGUAAAUUUCUUACAGCUCAGUCAAAGACUAUUUCACGAACUUGGAACUUUGAAGAAAAUGUUGCUUUUUGGCUGCAUACAUCAACUAUUGAUCCCAAAUCCACUGAUUCUUACUUCACUUUGUUUAUGGUUUUUCCUAUUAAAGAGAAAGAAGAGCAAUGUCAAGUCUUUGUUGUAACUGAAACAAUUUCACAACUUGAUCCUUCAAAUCUGACUUCUAGUGUAGCUGGACUACGAGAUUUUGUUAUUCAAAGAUGCACAGGUGUUUUACUUCCAGGAGCAGUUAAGGAUAUGAAAGAUGGUAAUAUUGCCAAGAAUGAAGAAAAAGGAGAUGUUUCAGAAGAUAUUGUUGAAAAUGUUGAUGUCAAGAAUUCCAGUUUCUCGUCUGAGGAAGUUUUUGAUGAGAUGGGAGUUUAUUUUUUUCCAGACAAAGAUUUUCAGUCCAAGUAUAAACCAUCAAUUGAUGUUGGGUUGAAGACACUUUUGGAAUAUUAUUAUGCCAAAGCUAACCAAGAUGGCUGGAAUUUCUUUGGAAAUAUGAAAAAUGUGGAAAUCAUGAAGAAGCCAGCCAGUCCGGGUUUUAGCAUUUGGGAUUGUUCAAAAGGAACUACGGAAAUCAACGUCCCCGUCCAUUAUCUUAUGGCUUACCUUGACGACUUAAACAGGACAGUCGAAUACGAUGAUAUGUUCGAAAGAGGUCAUGUCGUCGAACAUGUUGGUGAUCUAACAAAGAUCGUAUAUAUAGAGUAUAGGGGUAUUUGGCCUGUUAGUAAUCGAGAUUUCUGUUCCUAUUCUGCGACGCGAGUUUUGAAGAACAACAUUGUGGUCUACUUUGCUUCACAUGUAAAACAUCCUUCAUGCCCGGCAAACAAGAAAAUAGUGAGAGGAAAGAUUUUGAUCGGAGGUUAUGUCAUGGAAAUCAUAAGUGAAAAUCCUCCACGUAUCAAGACUUCCUAUAUCACUCAUGUUGAUCUAGAAGGUAGUGUUCCAUCGCGAAUUGUCAAUAAGAUUACCGCUAGUCAACCGGCCUCCGUCGGACUUGUCAAGAAAUUUGUUGAGAAAAUGUAUGAAGAUGAAGUUGACAACCCAAACAGACCUGCGUCAAAGUUUAAAAUGGAUGCCUUAGUACUUAAAGAAAAACUUGAACGUGCUAAGGAACAACUUACUAAAAGAUCCACGGACCAACCAAGUACGACUUCUAAAGAACCACCAGAAGUGAUGUCAUCUCCUGCGCCACCUGUACCACUGGUCAACGGUGAUGUACAUCCUGAAUCUUACACACAGUCUCUUACAGUUUCUGAUGAAUCCAGGUUGUCUCCCUCUAUCAACGGAACAUACGUUGAUCAAGUUGGCUUGGAGUACAAAACCAUCGGUAAUCAAGCUUGUGCAGCCUUGUUACAGGAGUCAUUUGAAGUAACGGAGGUGGAUAUAUCCAAACCAAAUUCAUCAAAUGUCCCUGACCAAUGGCGAUUUCAGGAGACAGAGAGGAAUGUGCUCGUUUUUAGAAAAAUUCAUAAGAGUGAGAAAAUGCACAGUUUCGCUGGUAAAGGUUUGAUUGCUUGUCCGCCACCUAAAGUAUGGGAGAUUUUAUGUAAUCCUCAGUUGACCUCUCGCUACAACAACAUGCUGAAGGAAACACGAAUCCUUGAACGUUUGAGUGAAACGCAAACCAUAGAAUAUAUUUAUUUUCAAACGGAAAAGUGUUUCCAAAAACAUUCAAGAGAUUUUGUUCUUCUUAAGACCACUCGAAAAGAGAAAGACAAGUAUGUGUUGUCAUAUGUAUCUGUUGACUACCCUAAUGCUCCUCCAUCGAAAAAAGAUGCGAAACGCGGCAAAAUUAUUUAUUCUGGAUGGGUGAUCGAACCCAUCCUUCAUAACGGUCAGUUAUAUUCAACGGUUACCUACAUGGCACAGGUGAAUCCAGGCGGUAGUUAUCCGGCAAUGAUUAUCAAUGCUGUUUCGCAAAAACAACCGCUCUGUGUUUUCUACUUACGGAGGAUGAUAGAGAAUCCAAAUGAUAAUUUCACUCAAUCAGUUGAUGUCAUGGGCAAAACUUAAGUUGGAGCGUUCAAUGAAUUUUGCUGGUGUUCCUUUGACGUCCAAAUCAUUCAACAUCAUAUGACAAAUAAAUUCAAACAUGUAUGUUUGGUAUGCCAAAUUUUAUCAUUAAUUUAUUCAUUACAAAGUCUUAAUUGUUCAAUAUUGUAUAUACAAAAAAUUGCCAUAUAUUGAAUUUAUUAUCAUAAUUUCACAUAUAUUAACAACUGUGAUGUCGGGAGGCUUUAAUAUUAAUUCUUUCGUCGUUACUUAAACGUAUUUCUGAUCUUUAUUUUGUCAGGUUACGAUCUGACCUCGUAAUUUGACGAAUAUCAAAAAUUUUAACAUCGAAUCGUAAAUACACAAUUGUACUUUGCA